AUGCUUGUACCGUCGCACGUCAUCUCGCUUGCUUUGAUUAGAUUGCCCGCAUUAAAUGCUUUAACCGGUCCCUCUGAUUAUUUAUCAGUUUCGUCCAAAGUGGACUGCUGCAUGUUGGAGCGGUAUAGCCAUGAGUAUUAUCUUUCCCAUGUGCUUGGGUUACAGGUUCCAUACUCAUCUUCUUAUGCUCUUGAUGCUUUGCCUGAUAACGUUUCUACCAGAAGUUGUACUUGCCCUGUGUCACAUGAGCCUAUUCUGGAAAGCCUGUGGUUAACUACCAGUAUUAUCUAUGGGAGUAAAUGCACUUUCCAACUGACGGGUUAUUUGGCUGGUGAUAUCCCACCCGAGUCCAUUGUGGUGGAUGACGUUGUUCCAGACCAAAAGGUGGACCAAGUGACUGUGACACCCGGGUCGCCUCUUGCGCUCCCGGGUUUUGGGUCGGAUGCUUUCUCUAUCGAGCAGUUGUUGGAUACAUCUUGUCCCGUGAUCGGUUCUGCACAGGUCAGCUCUUCUAGCUAUGCGGGAGUUGUGUCCCCCAUAGGUGUCUCCUUUAGCCGAAAACAUAGGCGGGUUCUUUUGCCUGAUCAAUUUCUCCAGGUGAUUUCCCAUGUUGGUGGGCGUCGUUCUUGUGUGUUGUUCGAGGAGGAGUUGAAUGAAGCAUGCCGGUUUAUAGCUUGUGCAGAGAAAAUUAUCUCUUCCGUGCUUGGGCGAGAUUUCCAAUUUUUUGAUGUGUUGUUGACAUUGCGAGAUCGGUUUUUGGUCGUGGAGGUGAAUGUACGUGCUACCGAAGCCAUGAACCUUGCAAGCGAGGAAAUGUUGGUGAAAGUUGUAGAAAUGUAUGCUGACUUGUCAACACGUUAUCAGGAUGCUGCGGCCAAGGUAACAUCUUUAGAAAAUCAGGGGACGCUUGUUCAAGCGAAGUAUGAAGCUUGUCUCCAGGAGAACAUUGUGUUGCAUUCUGAGUUUUUUAACAAGUCUUGA